ACCCCCCAAUUUUUCCAUUCUCUUAAUAAUCGACUUGAAGGGUCUCUUCUCUUUCCCACUCUCUGAUUUCCAAAGAUUCCAAGGACAAACCUACCUAAAUGACCAACCAAGCUCUUUUCUUUUCUUUUUUUUCCUUCUCUUAGACCUAUGCCUUUCUUUCCCCUAGCUACUUAAUUACCUUACCUCUUUUCUCCUUAUAUUCAUUCAUCUUCCACAGCCUCAAACCCUUCUCUACACAAUCUCUAGCUUUCCACUAUAAUUAACCUCUUCAUCAACCUUCCAUAUACCUCAAAUUAACAACAAAAAUGCCACCUGUGCAUUCGAGCCCGUUCUUCCAGAUGGAAAACCCAGCUAUACUCUCUUUGCUCAGGCAUACUCCUGGCGGUGAGAAACGGUCAAAGUCCUCUUCAUCAGGAGGGCUUCUUCGAAUGUUCAAGCUCUUCCCCAUGUUAACCUCAGGUUGCAAAAUGGUUGCUCUGCUAGGAAGACCUCGAAAACCUUUGCUCAAAGACAAUGCUACAACAGGGACAAUCUUUGGUUAUCGUAAAGGCAGAGUGAGCCUGGCUAUACAAGAAGAUCCCCAUUGCAUGCCAAUCUUCGUAAUAGAGCUUCCCAUGCAUACCAGUGCUUUCCACAAGGAAAUGCAAUCGGAUAUAAUAAGGAUUGCCCUUGAGAGCGAGACCAAAACCCAUAAGAAGAAAUUGCUGGAGGAAUUCGUUUGGGGUGUGUUCUGUAAUGGAAGGAAAAUUGGCUACUCUAUAAGGAGGAAGCAAAUGUCGGAUGAUGAGCUCCAUGUUAUGCAAACUCUGAGAGGGGUUUCGAUGGGUGCUGGGGUUCUUCCAUGCCCGACUGAGAAAGAUUUAGCCACGGAAGGGGAACUUACUUACAUGAGAGCGAGAUUCGAGAGAGUGGUCGGAUCCAAAGAUUCAGAAGCUUUGUAUAUGAUUAAUCCGGAUGGUGCAGUUGGGCCGGAACUCAGUAUUUUCUUUGUAAGGUCUCAAUGAAAUUUAAAAUCGCGUACCAUAUACACUACAUGGGAAGAUUUUAAUGUAUUAUUGUAGUUAUAUAGGUUAUAUAUAUUAUAUUAUGUAUUGUAAACGAGGAUUUUCACAAGUGCCCUAGUCUCAUUCUAGGUUAUACUGAAAUUCACCAUGUUUUUUUUUAGUACCAUGAUCUUGUUCUUGGAUAAGUCAAAGGAAUGCUGGCAUUUUUAAUUUUCCUGGA